UUCAGAGAAAUUGGUUGUUCGUUUUCCCGUGUAGGGUUUUCCGCGUUCGCGAGCGAUUCAGUUUUGAACAUUCCCUAGCAAGGAACUAUAGAUACGUGCGUCCUUGCCAUUCACACUGGGCAGCGAUUUUCGGUAGCUCGUUAGUGACGAAGCCAAGAUACAAGAUAGUGUAUCAAAAAGGAGAACAAUGUAUUAUUAAAAUUAAAUGGAAGUGUUAUUCGUGGGUUCCAUGCAUCAGAAAGGAUUGCAUAUAGGAAUACGGAAAAGAGUAUAUGCUUUAUCUUUAAAAAAAAUAUUCAUCGAGCCACCAAAGGCAAAAAGUUGAAUUAGGCAAAAACGGAUUAACGACGACGGCCCCUGACUCUCCCCAAGGAAACUGGAUUACCUUGCUUUCGCUGAAUUUCCGUUCGGUUUUUAGUUUUAGCUUGUAGUCAAUACCCUUUCUAGUUAAUCCGCAAGCAUUCACUACCGUUACUUUUACAAAAUAACUACUAUCGAAAAAAUUGUCGCGUCUAAAAUAUGUUGUUCAAAUAAUAAGGGAGGCAGAGUCUCUUCCAUGAUGUGAAUUUCCUAGGCCGUCAAUUUUCAAACAGGAAGCCUCUCCAGAGGAUAACGGGCGACUUGAUGCAAAUUUAAUCUUCCUGUGAAGUUUCAUCACCGAUAUCAGUUCGUUAUCGUGCGUACAUUCUUUGUGUUGUCCCAUCAAACAGAUCCGCGACAGAAGGCUAAAAUGAUUUCGAGUUGAUCCUAGCUAGUCAAAACUGUUGCAUCUACACAGUUCCAAUCCCAGUUCCAGUGAAAACCAAUUAGUAGUGAUGACUGUUUCAGUGAACAAUUGUAUUUGUGAUGAAUUUCGUGGAUGGUGUGUGUGAUAUUAUAGUAAAAAGUUUAUAGAAAUUCAGUCGGCCAAAGCCCGAGUGCGGCAUUAGAUUAAGCUUGUAUAUCCACCGAAAGUUUUUUUUGCGACAAGAAGUUCUCUACGUGGUGAAAAUGUCACGCAGAAGAACAAGCGGAUUGUCAUUGUUCUUUGCGUGCAAUGAUUCAAAAUAUCAGAGGUCCUGGCACUGGUACUAUCGCUGGAUACAGACAAUCUUCCUUUACGGAAUAUUAACACAAAGUUGGAUAGCAGGAUUGAUUGUACCGGAUGAGAAUGGUCCUUUAACAGAAGUACAAACUGCCGUCGGCCUUGAGGCGGCACUCCCGUGUGAAUUCACAGACGACACCUCGCGAGCGGACCAUGACAUGGAUAAGGUUCAGCUUAUCAUUUGGUACAAAGAAGGUCACGAAAAGCCCAUAUAUAGUUUCGAUUCGAGGGGGAAGCCACCUACCCAAGCCAUACACUGGUCUUCGCAGGAUGUACUUAAGAAAAAAGCACAUUUUCACUACGAGAGUAAGCCGCCUGGGCUAAGGAUUAAAGGGGUUGAAGAGGAUGAUGCCGGGCUCUAUCGGUGCCGCGUUGACUUCCAUAAAUCUCCGACAAGGAAUUGGAGGAUUAAUUUGACAGUUUUGGUUCCUCCAUCACAGCUAACAAUUGUGGACACUUUCGGUGCUACUGUGAUGGAUAGCAUCGUUGGACCGUAUAACGAGGGAUCAAAUAUUAAUAUGACAUGUUUAUCAAGUGGUGGUGUUCCCCCUCCAAGAGUUUCAUGGUGGAAGGAGCAUGCUUUGCUGGACGAUGUUUUUCAAGUUCUACCAGAUGGAACUGUGCGGAAUAUUCUACAUUUGCCCAAGUUGACAAGAGGAGAUUUGUUUUCGGUGUACACUUGCCAAGCCAGCAAUGGACAUGUAGUGCCGCCGCUAUCAAAAACUGUAAAAUUGGACAUGAAUUUGGCUCCAUUGUAUGUUCGAUUGCAAGGAUUAAAUCAUCCUCUGGUUGCAGGAGUACGUACUCAAAUUACAUGCAGUUCAGCUGGUGCACGACCCAUACCACAUAUCAUUUGGAAUAAGGGCGGACAAAUGAUGAGGGGUGCAACGCAGACGACAUCAACGGAUGGGAAUAUCACCAUUUCCGAGAUGAUAUUUACUCCUGUUCCGGAGGAUAAUGGUAAACAAGUGAUUUGUUCAGUGACAGCCGAUUCAUUGGCAGCUGGGACAACAGGAGUUUUCCUCAAGGAUGGGCGAACACUUGAUGUGAAACAUGCGCCGAUUGUCACUCUAAACUUGGGAUCGCAGUUGGACCCCAGCAAUUUAAUGAAAGGAUCUGAUGUGUAUUUGGAGUGUCAAAUAACAGCGAAUCCACCUCAAAAGCGAGUGGAAUGGUUUCAUAAUGAUAAACAGCUACAUUCCUCACGUGGAAUAAUUAUAGCCAACCAAACACUGGUCCUGCAGGGCAUCACCAAGGCAACACAUGGUCAAUACUUAUGCCGUGCAACAAACAUACAAGGAACAGUAACGAGUAAUGAAGUGUAUUUGGACGUAAAAUAUCCACCAGUUUGUAUGCCGGAUUCUGUUAUUAUUCGAGCAGCACUGAAACAAACUGUAAACAUAACAUGUGAAGUUGAUUCGAAUCCUAUGGCCAAUUUAACAUACAAAUGGCACUUCAACAAUUCCUUGGAGAAAAUUGAAGAACUCCCAUCUCCUGCAUCAAUUGUAUUGCCAACUUCUGGACAUCGCAGCAAUUUCAAAAUGUCCGAAGGGAAAUGGACAUAUAUGGAUAGCACUGGAGAUGAUACCACAACUGAAUUCAAUCAAAUUGAAAGUUUUCCACAUUCUAGGAUGGUCUAUUCUAAUGUCGUCUCACAGCAACAUUUAGAUAAGAAUCGGAAACAUCAGCAACGCCACAAAGAUGGCGAAAGGCGAAGGGCUACCGCAGUUCCUAAUAAUGUUUAUAGAUACAAGGUCACAACAUUUCAAGAUUUUGGAACGGUAUCAUGCAUUGCAUCGAGUCCAAUUGGGCAUAGCCUUCCAUGUCAAUAUCAUAUAGUGGCUGCAGAAUUACCGGAUCCAAUUCGAAACUGUACGGCCUAUAACGCAACCGCAAACUCCAUACAAAUAUUUUGCAUUCCGGGAAAUGAUGGCGGCAUUCCACAGCAUUUCCACGUAGAAGUUUAUGAUGAAUUGAAUCAGCAAGUCCUGUAUAACACAUCAUACAAAUAUUCGGAAUUCACGAUAAAACGCUUGCCAAGUGAUUCUGUGUUUGUUAUUCGCGUGACUUCGUACAAUUUACAAGGAUUUAAUACACGGGCGUUUCGUCUACGAGCGAAAACCCUGUCAGCGCCUCUUCUAAGAACAGCUUCAUCGACAGCAGUUCUCGUUCAAUUAACACCGCUUCUGGGAGCUCUUGUUGGAGUUGUGGUAACCUUACUCCUGGUGGCUGUUUGCAUUGUAAUUUUCAUUAAAUUCCGUACUAAACGUCGUUCUGGCAGCAGUGAGCCCGUUACAACCGAGACCGAUAAAGGAAGUGCUGAACCCUUGAGUCGUAAUAUGGGAAGCCAUUCAAGUUUGGAGGAUAAAAACCCCGAUGUUGUACCACAAGAGAAUAGCGAAGACGAAUACAAUUUAGAAGAGAAGGCGUUCGAUAGAUUAAAUAUGGAAUCACAAAGGAUACUGUAUACACCGCCUAGGCUCAACUCAACAUCACCACCCCCACUGUCACCAGCAUUUGCAAAGCAGUACGGUGAACUUUCCCUUACAACAAAUCCAUCGUUUGCACUGUACAAUACACCACAACGUGUACCAGCUCCACAACGGCCUGUCUACACGUCGCCACCACAGCUUCUUUCAACAAGAUCCCCAUCAAAUAUUUACACUCGUAUACCAUCCCGAACAUAUUUGCCGGUAUUCGAUAAACGAACUUCACCAACGUCGCCAUAUUCAUCAGCAGCACCUUGCUCAGUUCCGUUGCUUAGUGGCCAUCAUCAACAACAACAAAUCCCACAACAGCACAUUUCACCAACUUCACCAGUAUCCCAGCAUCAACAAUCGUCCUUACUCAUCACCAGUGUUGGAGGCAUUUUAGGAAAUUAUGACAAUAAAUCCUGAGAUUCGGCCGAUGAUGACAUGAAGUGUCAAUUAGUGUGUAUAGGUGGCGCAAGUAGUUGUAACAGUUCGGCCGAAAGAACUACAGUUGUUUAGUAUUCGAAUAUGGUAGUGAAAGAAGGCUAGGCAUCAUUUACGAAUUAUUAAUAAAUAACUGAAAAAAACUAAGACUAUAGACCAUUUCUAGCACGCGGAAAAGAAGCGCGCAACAGCUUCUCUUCUUCUGCUCAAGGUCUAACGCUAUCACUAGGUCUGUCUGCAUAGUUACUAAGUUAUGCCACUAGUUAGAUUAUAACACGAUUACUACAAUUGCUAGGGUAAAAUAAUCUGUCUAGAAUAAGGAUAUAUAAAAAGAGACUUAAUUUCGCUCUAUGAGCCGGCAUAAAUAAGUGUAAGUAUAUGUGUAGAUAACAAAUUAAAACAAACAUUUAAAAAACGAAUUUAACAGAACUGAAUAAAAAGCGAUCGAGGACAAUUCAUUUAUUGUUUACUUCAUAUUUCAAAUCCCAGUUCAUUUACUAAAUCGUUGAGGACACUACGCCCGCUGGCAAUUUAAGUUUAUAGGAGCGCUCAAAGUCGAAACCCUCAUUUCUUGCAAUGCAGAUCAUUGGAACAACAUUUCUUUUUCAGUUGAAGUUUGUAUUUAUUUCAAGAACGGGCGAAUCCAAUUUCGAAUUAACAAACUGAUAGCUCACAAUUCUUAUAAGUAUUCAAAUAGGUUCCGCUUUUUGCUUGCACACUUCCAAUGGCCAACUGAACACACAACUGAAACUUCUGCUUCUAUCCAGUUUAUGAGUUUCAAGAAUACCACUGGCUGAGUGUUUUAAUCUCAUAAAUAUUUAUUGUUUUUAAUUGAGAAUUUUGUAAAUUUUGUUGUAAUUUCCUCUUGCUCGAAUAAAUAGCAAACUGCAAAUUGUAUAUAUUCCAACUAACGAAUUUAAGUAUUUCACCCAAAAUAUGGAACAAAUAACAACCCAACAAACAAGAAAAUAUAAACAGCAUUUGUGUGCCAUGAAAGACAAUUUUUUUUUUUUGUUAUAUAAUUCUCUUUUCUUGCUGUAAUUUAUUGCAAAAUGGUGACUGAUGUCCAUUGUAAAAAUGAAUAUCCUUUUUUUCUCAAAACUCAAGAUGGCAGUAUUUAAUUUAAUGGGAAAUGUUCAUUUUCAUUUAUGAUAAGUUAAGGUAAAAUAAAUAAAUAAUCUAUUUUUUAA